CUUAACCCUCGAUCUCACACGCUUACACAGAGUGAACAUCGAAGGUAAACGGCAGCUCCUGCUUUCUCCUGCCUCCCGUCCAGGACUCCAUGAAGCGUUUGUGGACUUUGUUAUUCCGCAGCCUGGUCAACGCUUCCAAGUCCAGACCGUGGCUCCAGAAGAGAUUCCCAAAGGAGGAAAAGACGGAACAACGCAGCAACAACGCAACAGGACACCAGGAUUCGGCCGGGCGGGAUAAGAUCUCCAUCCUCGUGUAUCUGAGCUCCAGCAAGCAGGUUCUCACUGAGGUUCCCAUCGGUGCUGAGACUCGGUGUAAAGACGUGGUGGAGUUCUGCAGGGAGGUCGGAGAGAGCGGCUGCCAUCUCGUACACGUCUGCAGAGGAAAGGAGAGUCUGAUACCUUCAGAUCAACUGAUGAUGGACUACCUGCAGAAAUGGGGUCAGAGGAGGCAGGAGGUGAAGUUUUACCUGCAACACGAGAAUGAGCGCAGCAGCAAGGGAAGACAGACAUCAGAGAAUCUGAGCAGAAGGAUGAAGGGGAGGAUGGACAGAUUGAGUGUAAACAGGAUGGGGACUACACAUGUGGAGCUGACUCUGUCCGAGCUUCAGGAGAUGGCCGUACGUCAGCAGCAGCAGAUCGAGGCUCAGCAACAGAUGCUCAUGGAAAAGGAGCAGCGACUGCGUUAUCUGAAGCAGCAGGAUCAUCAUCAGGGUCUGACUACACCAGAAACAGAGAAACUACAGAGGCUGAGGGAGCGAGUGGAGAGUCAGGAGGCCAAGCUGAAGAAGAUCCGUGCCAUGAGGGGGCAAGUGGACUACAGCAAACUGAUCAACGGAAACCUGUCGGCAGAGAUCGAGCAUGUAAGCAGUUUGUUUCAGGAGAAGCAGGUGGAGCUGCAGCAGGCUGUGGUGAAGGUGGAGCAGCUCACACAGCAGCUGGAGGAACUGAGAAACAAACGCAUUACAGAGUCACAGCCUGUAGGGGGCAGCGCCCUGGAACUCCACAAAAUGUACCAGGAGCUGCAGAUGAGGAACAAACUGAAUCAGGAGCAGAACACUAAACUCCAGCAGCACAAGGACAUGCUGAACAAACGUAACCUGGAGGUGAGCAUGAUGGACCGACGCAUUGAGGAGCUGAGAGAGCGCCUCUACAGGAAGAAAGCCGAGUUAGGGCGUAUGAGCGCUCCCUCGUCCCCUCAGUCUGUUCCCAUCACAUCUGGCCGCGUCGCUGCAGUGUUUCCCUACAUCCAAGUUCCCACAGUGAAUGGAAGGCAGGAUGGAGGCUACCCUUUGACCCCUGACACCCUUAAACCACACCCACUUCCUGCUCAAAUCAGCCACACUCGAUCCAGAUCAGCAAACGAUGCAAAUUGGAACAUGUCCUCACUCAAAGCCCCGGACUGGAAGGACACGAGCCAGAACCCGGACAAAAUGGGGUCUCCUAAAGUCCUGGGUACUAUAACCACCUUGUCCAAACAUCCUCCCCCCAUCUACGGCACGUACCCCAGUGUGGGGCAUCACUCCACCGUCUGUGCCACGAACUCUCUGCCACGCUCGGCACCAGGCACGCUGUCCUGGCACAGAUCCUCUGGUUCAUCAUCGCAGCAGAUCCAGCAGAGGAUCACCGUCCCUCCGAGUCCCACGCUCUCGGUCGGCUCGCCUGUCGUACCCCCGAGCGAGAGGAGUAGCGACGCCCCUUUGGCUGCAGCUGUGCGACCGUUUUAUUCGGACCGGUGGUCACGACCUCAGUCUCCUCGCAAAGGUCCUGCUACAAUGAAUUCCAGCUCCAUCUAUCACAUGUACCUGCAGCAGCCAACAGCCAAAAAAACCCAAAGCAGCAGCACCAGAGCUUCAGUAAAAGCAGUCUACGGAAAGCCGUUGCUGCCGAGCUCCGUCUCCUCGUCUCCUGUUCCGUUCCAGCAUCAGUCCUCCAGAGAUGAUUCGGAGCGUGAGUCUGAACCUGAGAUUACCCACAAUCCUCAGCCCAGCGUAGAGAACAUCCCUCGGCCCCUGAGCCCCACUAAACUCACUCCGGCUCACUCGCCCCUGCGCUACCAGAGCGACCUCGACCUGGAGGUGCUAAGGAGGAAGCUUGCCAACGCUCCUCGUCCUCUUAAAAAGCGGAGCUCCAUCACCGAGCCUGAGGGCCCCAACGGCCCCAACAUCCAGAAACUUCUCUACCAACGCUUCAACACGCUCGCCGGAGGCAUGGAGACGGUCACGCCGUUCUUCCAACCAGACACUGCCCUAAAUUUAUCCGGCAAUGUUGAUUCUGUUAAUGGAAAUGCAAUGGAAGCAGCUGUAACAGCCACCGUGGCACCGAUGCCAACGCCAACGCCUGUCACAGAGCCCGCACCAGUACCAUCACCCACAUCCGACGCUGAUGAGAAUCAACAGGUGCAAAAACCCAAUCAUACAGAAACUCCGGAGAUUACAGACGCCACCGACCCAAAAGGAGGUUCUGAGGAUAGUCAUAACAACAACCAGGAUGAAGACACAGAGUCUGCAGCAGCAGAGACAGAAGACACUGAGAAGAACAUGGUGAAGAGGACGAACCUGAAGAAACCCGGCUCUGAGAGGACGGGCCACGGCCUCAGGGUGAAGUUUAACCCGCUGGCGCUGCUUCUGGAUGCAUCUCUGGAGGGCGAGUUUGACCUGGUGCAAAGGAUCAUAUAUGAGGUGGAGAACCCCAGCACUCCCAACGAUGAAGGCAUCACACCGCUCCACAACGCCGUGUGUGCUGGUCAUUACCACAUCGUCAAGUUCCUGCUGGAUUUUGGAGUGAACAUCAACGCAGCAGACAGCGACGGAUGGACGCCGCUGCACUGUGCCGCCUCGUGUAACAGCGUGCAUUUGUGUAAGCUCCUGGUGGAGUCCGGGGCGGCCAUCUUCGCCACCACCAUCAGCGACGUGGAGACGGCGGCCGAUAAGUGUGAGGAGAUGGAGAACGGUUACGUGCAGUGUUCACAGUUUCUCUACGGUGUGCAGGAGAAGCUGGGGGUGAUGAAUAAGGGGACAGUUUAUGCUCUGUGGGAUUACGAAGCUCAGAGUCCAGACGAGCUCUCGUUUCGUGACGGACAAGCUUUAACGGUGCUGAAGCGCAGAGACGAGAGUGAAACUGAGUGGUGGUGGGCCAGACUUAAUGACAAGGAGGGCUACGUUCCCCGAAACCUGCUUGGGUUGUACCCGAGGAUUAAACCCCGACAGAGGUCCCUAGCGUAGCGCCCCCUGAUGGACAGGAGCCCCAGCUGGACAUUUUGCUCCAUUUCUCUUGUUUAGAGCCACUGAGAUAAGAGUGUGUGGCAGCUAGGACCUGAGACUGAAGCUUGGAUUUAUUCAUCUGCCAGAAGAGAUUUGGUGAACAGAGGUCCGUUUUCAGCCUGCAAAACGGAUCUUAUCUUUUAAAAAAAAUAAAAAUCAAUAAAUCCUGCUCCCUUUCACCUCGAAGUCUGUCAGGUGAAAACACACCAGUUUUCCUGUUACUUUUCAUGCUGGUGUGUGUUUGUGGGACGUGAAAGUGAUGAAAGGACUAAGGAAAUGCUCAAGGAUAGUGAGCAGGUCUACUGAGGUCUCAAGGUCUACUGAGCAGGUGAUUCGACGGAAGGAAGGAAGGAGCUUGAAGGUGCAGCGAGAGACACAGAAAUACGAGUGCAGAGGAGUUUGUGUGUGAAGUGGUGGUGCUGUAAGAGACAGGACACGUAGGUUAAAUAAGUGAUGGUGGCUGGAAAGUCGUGAAAAAAUGGUAAAAGGCUGCAUUUCCAAUCUAGGAGGAAAUAAUAAAAGUUGUACACACCUGCAUUCAUACAUACAUACAUUAUCUCCAGAUGUACACGAAGAGACGAGAUGUGUUUGGUGUUGAAACAGUUGCUUGUGUUGGAGUCACAAGGUCAAUGAAACCAGAGUUUCCAUUCAGUUCACUUUCAUAAGAUAGCAGAACAAGUCCUUUACAUAAGGUUUGAGUCUAAACUGGUGGCCUUGUAGCUCAAGUGAAAAGCAAAUCCCAGACGCACGAGCGCGUCUCAGCCGAUCGUCUACGUCUGAUGUUAAUAAAAUGUCAUUUAUCCUGC